CCAAAACAACAUACCGGUAGCCAACGCCUUUUGUUUUGCUUUCUGGCUUUUCACCUCGACUCUUGAUCUAUCCUUGCCCUUGGCCUCUGCUUGACUCAGAAUCCUGCCUUUGAUCUAGGAAGCCAUUACCGCUCAACAUGGUCCAAUUCUCCGAAGAAACCAAGGAGCGUAUCUCCAAGGUCAUUGACGUCUCCAGAGUUGCUAUUCACUACGGAUAUCUUCCUCUGAUCAUCUACCUCGGCUACACUUAUAGCGAGCCUAGACCUUCGCUUUUCAAGCUGUUCUCGCCGCUUGCAUAGAGUUGUGGAAGGCCUAGCCGCAUUGCAUACGAGGCUCCCUCCAAGGAAAUAUGGCAUCUGAGAUUUUCAUUCCUCAAUCUGUGGCAGGUAUGAGAUUGGAUUGAACCGGACCGUCUGCACGGAGCCUCGGCCUCUCGCCUUAUCGCCGGUAAGGAAGUACGAAUCUGGAUGUGCAGGAGUUAAACAAAGACGGAGGGGUAUUUCUAAUACUGUGUUGGGAUUUGUCAAUUCUCAUUUUUUGUUUUGGUUUGGUUCUUGCGAAUGGACUUAAUUUGACUUUUUUCACCUCUUCUUCCCUCUUUUCUUCCGUUUCGGGUAUCAUACAUGAGAGUGACGCAAUGUGACUGCUUCG